CUUCUACAUGGUUGAGGACCUGGAAGCCUGUAGUUCCUAAACUCUCUGACAUCCCUGGAAGCCAAUGGAGGAAGAGACUGAUUAAUAAAGGACAUGGGUAAAGAAUAAAGGGUCAACAAGUUAAUACUUUCCACGUGCCAUGGACUGGGGCACGUUACAAGGUGUGCUCAGUGGAGUGAAUAAAUACUCAACUGGAUUUGGGCGGAUCUGGCUGUCCGUGGUCUUCAUCUUCAGAGUUCUGGUCUAUGUGGUGGCAGCAGAGAGCGUGUGGGGCGAUGAACAGAGUGACUUUGUCUGCAAUACCUUACAGCCUGGCUGUUCAAACACUUGCUAUGACCACUACUUCCCCAUAUCCCACAUUAGGCUGUGGGCCUUACAGCUGAUCUGCAUCACCACACCUUCGUUGUUGGUGGUUUUGCAUGUGGCUUAUCGGAAAGAAAGGGAGAGGAAACACAAGUUGAAGUAUGGAGAAAAUUGUAGCCAGCUGUACAAAAACAUGGGGAAAAAGCACGGUGGGCUCUGGUGGACAUAUUUGCUGAGUCUGAUAUUUAAAACAGCUUUUGAAAUUGGUUCUUUGUAUAUACUUCAUUGUAUUUAUGAUCGUUUUUACCUGCCUCGAUUAGUCAAGUGUCCUAUGUUCCCUUGUCCAAAUAUAGUAGAUUGUUUUAUUGCCAAGCCUACUGAGAAACGGAUCUUCACAUACUUCAUGGUUGGAGGGUCCAGUAUUUGCAUUCUCCUCAACAUUUCUGAAACACUUUAUCUAAUUUUCAAACGAUGCUUUAAAUCUUGUAACAAAAAGCUCAAAAAAGAGGUAAGUGUGUCAAAGAGGAACCAAAACCUACUUUUCAGAGAGAGUAUUGAGAAGCAAAGUGGAUAAGCACAGAACCUCAAAAUCUAAUAAUGUCUAAAGCUAAUAUGAAACUAAUUUUCUAUUUCAUACCUCGAAGAAUUAACAUG